AUGCUUCUGAACAGCACGAUUUGUGCAUUGUGGCUAUGGAUUUCACUGGUUUGUGCCAACAAAGUUGCGCUCUCAAAUAAAGACAAUCAAGUGUGCAGCGGGAUGUACUCCAAAGAGGAUUGGGGCGGUAAAGUAGAUCCCUUCAUAUCGUUCAACUUGAAAGGUAUAAACAACGAAGAAGGGCUAUCUGUGGUUGUUUUCGACUUCAAAGACUACCAACAUAUUGGCAUUGAAAUUGACUCUCAGAAACACUACAUUUGCGAUGACUACGCUAUAAGUCAAGGUGUUUGCAACGAAACUCACAGAAACGAGUUUUUGGUGCAAAAACUAAUUGUGGACCCAACCACGGGCGCCAAUGAAACGGCUAGUUCACAAAUCAUGACUUUCUAUCAAAAAGAUACCGGAAUGCAUGAUCAACGGUAUUCAGUUAAAUCGACAGGCUACUAUUGUGUGGUGGCAUCUUCUGUCAGCGAAGAAUCUGUGAGCUUUUCAGCACUAGUGAAUUUCAGAAAUGCAUACGGCCAAUUGCCCGGCGCGGAAAUCAACAAUCUGCCCCUGUACGGACUUCUGACCAUUUUCUAUCUUGUUGCCAUGGCUCUCUAUAGUUUUGCAUUCUGGAAGCACAAAAAUGAGGUUCUACCACUACAAAAAUACCUAUUGGCCUUCUUCCUAUUUCUCACUGUGGAACAGAUAUUCAUUUGGGCCUAUUAUGACAUCAAAAACGAAAAAGGCAACACUGCUGGCACUAAAGUUUACAUGGUGUUCGUCUCGAUUCUGACUGCGGGCAAAAUCUCAUUCAGUUUUUUUCUUCUCUUGGUCAUUGCACUUGGAUAUGGUGUUGUGUAUCCUAAACUUAACAAAAAAUUGAUGAGACGGUGUCAGGUAUUAGCAAUCGUCAACUUUGCUGCUAGCGUCGCAUACCUGAUUCAAAGCUAUUUGACCAAUCCAGAGUCUGUGACUCUUUGGCCGCUUGCAACUUUGCUUCCUUUGGGGAUUACCAUGCUCGGAUUCUAUUUCUGGAUUCUGAGAUCUAUGUCUCAGACUUUGCGUUAUUUACAAGAACAGAGGCAAGUGGUUAAGUUGAAGAUGUACAAAAGGCUUCUAUCGACGAUUUACUUCUCUCUUUUUGUUUUGUUUGCUGGUAUUGUUAUCUCCUCUUUCGUGUUCCUAGGAAUGAACAAUAUUGAAAUGGUAGAACAGCACUGGAGGACAAGGUUUUUUUUCGUGGAAUUUUGGCCAUCACUAGUUUACUACUUUGUGUUCGUUACCACUGCCUUUAUUUGGAGACCUACAGAUACUUCAUACAUGUUAGCAUGUUCGCAGCAGCUUCCAACGGACCCCGAAAACGUAGCCGAUUUCGACCUAGACGAUUUACAAUCAUUAGAAGGACCCUCUAAUCACAUUGAUGAUGAUCUGAAUUUUUCGGAUGACGAAGAACCUCCCCGCAGGAAUUCCAACGAACAGAGACAUGAUAAAUAG